CUCCGCCCACCUUCGCUGAUUGGGUUGAAAAUUACCCCGGCUACCAACAACAUGUGCAUUUUUUUCUUACCCUCUCGCACUAAGCAACGCCCACACGGAGGACCGGGAAAGUCGCUUCAAACUGCAAAACACGCUGCUUGUUCUCAGACUAAUCAGGAGACGAACGUGUUUGGAGAAGAGAGGCAGAGCACACCUUCAUUAGAGCCGAUGCUUGUUGUUAUGCUUUUUUUAAAAACCCACCUAGGUAUUAAAAUAGAUCGUGGCAGUCAGGUUACUAACUUAAGUCACUGAGUCUGUUCCCCCCUUUUUUCUACCGUUUUUUUUUUUAAUCUAAACUAAUUCAUUAACUUCACAGUGGUCUCGGAAACUGCUGAGUGAGCUCACUUGGUGCUUUGGGUGAACAGGUGGCGCAAGCUCCGGUACUCGUAAUUUGUUAUUACGCAGAUAACGGAGUUAAGAUACUUUACCGGACGUUAAGCAUUUAAUACCUGCAUUGAAAGUGGGUGUAAUUCGGACUGCGUAUUAUCCUCCCUUGUUAAAAGGGGACACUUGACAAGGGAGCUGUGAUGCCUGUUGCAGACAGCGACAUGGUAGUGGACAACGGGCACGGGUUAUACGAGGGUAAAAUUCCAAACAGUGCCGGGAAUGAGAGUAUCCUCCCGGCCUCCCUAUGCAGUCCUGUAACGGACAUCCUCAAGAACUUUUACCACACCAAACGGGUCGGGAACUACAUGAUCGGGAGGAAGCUGGGAGAAGGAUCGUUCGCCAAAGUUAGAGAAGGUCUCCAUGCGUUAACAGGAGAAAAGGUGGCGGUGAAGGUGAUCGACAAGAGGAAGGCCAAGAAGGACUCAUAUGUUACCAAGAACCUUCGGAGAGAAGGUCACAUCCAGCAGAUGAUCCGCCACCCCAACAUCACUCAGCUGCUGGACAUCUUGGAGACAGAGAACAGCUACUACCUGGUGAUGGAGCUUUGUCCCGGUGGGAACCUCAUGAACCACAUCUACGACAAGAAACGCCUGGAUGAGAGAGAGACGCAGAAGUACAUCCGGCAGUUGGUGCUGGCUGUGGAGCACCUGCACAGGGCUGGUGUGGUUCACAGGGACCUCAAAAUAGAAAACCUCCUACUGGAUGAGCAGGACAACAUAAAGCUUAUAGAUUUUGGCCUAAGUAAUUGUGCUGGCAUCUUGGGAUACUCUGAUCCCUUCAGCACCCAGUGUGGAAGUCCAGCUUACGCCGCCCCUGAGCUACUCUCUAGGAAAAAGUAUGGACCAAAAGUGGAUGUCUGGUCCAUUGGUGUUAACAUGUACGCAAUGUUGACUGGGACACUCCCGUUCACCGUGGAGCCGUUCAGUCUUCGGGCGCUGCACCAGAAGAUGGUGGACAAGGAGAUGAACCCGCUACCUCCCACGCUGUCAACAGCUGCCAUCUGUCUUCUGAAGAAGCUACUUGAGCCAGACCCCAACAAGCGUCCCAAUAUCCACCAGGUGAUGGCUGACUCCUGGCUUCAGCUGGCCAAUAAGAACACAGGGGCACCAUACCUCAACAGGAUCCACAUUGAAGAAAUCAACCACACAGUGUUGCUGCAUAUGACGGAGAAGAUGGGCUACAAGCACAGUGAAGUUCUGAGCGCCGUCCUCACCAAUCGCGCCUGCCACACUUUGGCGGUCUACUUCCUCCUCAACAAGAAAAUGAAGAGACUCUCCAAAGAAUACAGGGAGAUGCAGUUCCAAGAGAAAAAGAGAGGCGAAAAGCAGAAAAACGAAUACUUCCAGACCCAGUGGAGGAAGCACGUCGAUAAGCUGACCAUACCCCCGAAACAGACGCCCGUCUACCUGGCUGUCAGCAAGGGGCCCAGCAAGGAGAAGAAGCACAGAACAGGUUUACUGCGUGCCAUAACUGGUGGGCAUCGUAAUUCACCUCUGGCACCUCCGGGCACAGUUGCUUCUUCCUCCAUGGAGUACCUAGAGAUCCACCCUCUAUUCCCCAACACGCCACAGCAACGGAGGCGCCUGGCCACCCUUCCGCAAGUCAACACGAGCCCAGAACACAACAUUCCCGCUCCUCCCGCGCCGUCGCCAAUUGGCAUGCAUUCCUUCGGCUCGCUCGCCAAAGCUGAACAAAUCGAAGACACCCCAUCUUCGCCCUGGUACAAGCUGACUAACGGGACCCUGUCCCCUCCCCGCCACGUCUCCGCCUUCCAGCCUGACUCCUCUUACUUGAAAAAAGCCACAAUCCCCAGUCCGCCCGUCCUCAUUGUCAAUCCACAGCCCAAGAAGAGCACCUCGACAGAUUGGUGUGGUUCUUCUGACACUAGUGGUAGCCCUCCCAGCACUAUAGGAAGUCCCCCAGGGAGCUCAGCUUUUAGCCCUCCAAAGUCUGCUUUCAGUCCCCUCAAUCCUACCUCAGCUUUUAGUCCUCCUUCCAGCAGCGGUAGCAGCGAUCCCGAGAGCCCAACGCAUCGCAGCAAAUUCCCCUCAAUGGGAAUCGGACAGAUCCUAAAGAAGAAGGUCCAGCUGCAGCCAUUUACAUUUCGUCCAGAACAAGUCAUCGAGGAAGUCGUGUCCCCUCCUCCCUACCCCAUGCAGACUCUCCUCUGUGCUUCAGGUGCACUAAAGACCCUCUGCUGAGUUAUAAGAUGAUUUAAAAAAAAAAAAAAAAAAAGUUGGACUGAACUCGAUGCCCCUUUCAACAUUUUUAUGUUGGGAGAGGUCUUCCAGAGCGGCCUUUUGAACUGUGAACUGUCCCUUUAUUGCGACUGAGCCACUUUUCAUGACAGACUUAUUUAAAAAAAAAAGGUGGUGAGAAUAUAAAAUGUAUUACCUCUUGUUACCACACGUAUUAUGUAAUGUGAGAAGUGACACUGAGGAGAUAAGAUCUGAACGGAUCCAUGAGCAAUGACUAAAUCUCUCUGUGUCCUAAAUACGGAAUGGACAUGGGACAUUGUGUAAUAUGAGCCUUGCCAAUAACAAUUGUACACAGACACAAGCACACACACACGAGUACACACUGAACGAUGUAUUAUAGACCAACUUAGAGAUACUCUCUUAUGUAACAUUGGUGUAACUGGUUACUAAUUGAGCCGCAAACUGAUUCACACCAGCUAACAGACCCCAACUUUUACCCUAACCCUGAUUUUACAUGUAUAAAUGUUUUGUCUCUGUGAAAACUCUGUAUAAUAGCCACUGACAUCCAGUCAGCCGGCACUAUGUCCUAUGCUGACCGGAUGAAGAAGCUCACUGCACUAUUCUUGAAAACCAAAACGUAUACUUAGAACGGUGUUUAACAUCUUUUACCUCACUGCAUUUAUUCAUGCAUUAAAUGUGGAACAGCAGUCGGCUGUGACAUGCUUGUGUGGAUCGUGUCACAGUGUAGCAGUGUGUAAGUGUUGCCAUUAGAAUCAACACACUAAAAUAGCCGUAGGUUGCAAGAGCAGAAGCAUAUUCUCACUUUUAUAUAAACGUCCUCAUAAACCUUCACUCAGCACUGAACUUUUUUAUCCACAAGUGUUGCUUCACCUCUAAGACCCACAGGGAAUCUGUAAAAGUCUUGACUUUCUCACAGCAGGAUAUGCCUGUUCCUAGUCAGUUUGUAAUAAAAAAAUAAAUAAAAGAAAAAAGAAUAGAGCAUCAAAAGCCUUAUGAAACAGAUCAACCUCACCACAGGUUGAGUGUAUGAAAGUGGAAAGAACUGCUACUAGGAUCAUCUGCGGAAAUAAUUCACUUCCUUUUGUCUUAACGCUGUAGUUUGUGCAAUAGUCUUAAGUGUUAACUGCAAUGAUGAGUAUUUGCCAAGAGCUCUGAGACAUGUGAAAAAUGUUCCUGUAAAUAACAGUGCAGCUCCUGUGUUCCUGUUGCUUACUCCGUUCUGUAUGAACAGAAGUUUAAGACGUUUAUCUGAGCCGACACUGUCACAAAUUAGUUGCCUGUACAAAACAAAGGGGGAAAAAACGAACAAAAAAAAAAAAGGCUUCCACGGGCACACGAGGCUUCUCACUGUUAAAAUACUGUAGAAUCUCUUCAUGUCCAAAUGAAAAGUUGCAUGAGUCAAACUUGUGUUGUCAGCAUUUGAAAUUAUGUCUUUGUACCUUUUUUCUGGUUGAUACUGAGAUUGAUACGGACUUGGGUGGGGGGUGUCUUUUUUUAAGAUUUUGUAAAGGAUGGUUUUGUUUGAGUGUCAAGAGAUUUCUAUGCUGUAUAAAGUAUUUUAAAUAUUUAUAAGGAA